CUCUCUCACCUGCCUCAUCUGUCAGUCUACCUCUUCUGCCCUGUAUCCAGCUAUCAUUUGCUCGCUCUGCUCACUCUUUCCCUCACCUCUUUCUAGAAGUAGGAUCCCAGUCCAAAGUGUCAUCUGCCCAUUUCUCUCCAAGAAAGCCGCUAGAUCUGCUGGGUUCUUCCAGUUUGUUUUUUAAUCAGGAUAAACACUGGUACCGGGGAUCUGCGCACCCACAUCACCGGAUCAGGCUUACAUUGCUGGUGCUCACCUCAGCUCCACCAGAGGUAAAGACCAACAAAGCAGCGGGUGUUGUCUGCUCAGUCCAUGCAACCUGCCCUGUCAUCAACACCAGUGGCAAGAAGUACAGAUGGCCAUAGUCCCUGUUCAGCCUCUGCUACCUGCCCAACCUUUCCAAGAGGACACAUAUCCCCCACUGUCUAAACUCUAUCCACCUAACCUGCUAAUACUAUAACUCACAAGGAAAGACCUAUAGUUUAAGAAGGAACUGCAGAUGCUGGAAAAUCGAAGGUAGACAAAAAUGCUGGAGAAACUCAGCGGGUGAGGCAACAUCUAUGGAGCGAAGGAAAUAGACAUCCUUUCGGGUCGAGACCCUUCACCCAGCAAAGGCAAAUUGCUGAAGGAGGUAAAUGCGGGUGUGAUCGGUGACCAUGGGAUGAGGCUGAAGAUGUCCCACGAGGGUCUGGGUUGGGUUAACUGUAGACCAGUCGCAUUGUACACAUUUGAUGAGCUUUCGUUGAGAACUAACAAGGAGCAGCAGUUACAGAUCAUAGUCAGGGUGUGUUCUGGAUUGUGUUUUACGAGGUGGAUCAGAGCAGCUCCAUCCUCUGAUAUCAGAGAGACAGUUGCUGCUCACUAGGAGGUGGUGAUUGUCUCCAGCUUUCUACACUUUCGCAGAUGACAGCUUGGAGAUCACUGAGCUCUUGGAUGAUUUGGAUCUGAUGCCGCUGACGGGAUUCUACAGGGACCGGCUGGAACAGACGAUGGAAAGAGGGGUGCACGGACUCAGCUCGGCGCUAACGUAUGAGAAUCAUUUAAGUGGACGGGAGCAUUGGGAAAUUACUGAGCUCGCUGAUCGGGGAGAGCAUGCGGACAGUUCCAAACUCCUCCUGAAGCUGGUGAUGAGCAGAGGUCCCCAGGCCUGCAGAGUAAUGUGGAACUCCUUUGUGAAAAUGCGCAAUGCCGUCCCAAAGUUGGACAGAUUACUGAAAGAGAUACAGGAACUUGGUUCUGUUCCUUUCGUCCACGGUUACACCAUGGUUGACUUUAAGCUGAGAGAUGUCCAGCAGAAACACAAGGAGACUCUGCGAGCACAGACUGAAACACUGAGAGUGAACACUCUCCUGAAAAUGGAGGUUCAGGUUUUACAGCUGGUCGAUCUAUAUGCUGAGCUCACCAUCAUCUCCAGUGUUCAAGUUCGGAGACUAGUGGAACAUGAGCUGCUGGCAAGAGGACGAGACCAUGAAGAGUAUAGAGAGAAAUGUCUCCAGAGAGAACUGGAAAAAAUCAGGAUUGAUCAAUUGUUCUACAGCUGCUUCUUCUGGAAUAGAUCCAGAAUUGGGAGUUUGGCAGCAGUGGCCGGCGCCCCGGGGAUCGGAAAAACAACAAUGGUGCAGAAGUUUGUUCAUGACUGGGCCACAGGGAAAACAUACCAGCACUUCCAGUUUGUCUUCAGUUUCAGAUUACGGGAUUUAAACUCCAUUAAAAGCAGAGUAACCCUGAAGGAACUGAUUCUGGAACAGUAUCCUUACUUUGGGAAUAUCCUGAGCAAGGUCGGGAAGAAUCCAGCACAAUUGCUGUUUAUAUUCGACGGUCUGGAUUAAUUCAAUGGCAAAAUUGAUUUUGCUGACAGUCGGAGAGACACAGA